AGCAAGGAAAAACCUAUGUAAAUUGGUGAAAACAACAACAUGCAUCCUAAUGCUAACUGGCACCUGUUAGGAAGCAGCUGAAAGCAAAUAGUCCACCAAGGUUAACAUUGCGCUUGUUUAUAAAGCUUGUGAAAUCAAACAUUCAGAAUGCAUCUGCUCUCUUUCUAAUGGCAGGUAAACAACAAUAAACAUCAAUGGGAGAAGGAAACCAAACUUUUGUGGCUGAAUUUAUCUUGCUGGGAUUAUCGCAGGAUCCAAAGAUUCAGAUCUUGCUGUUCUGUGUUUUCCUGAUCGUUUACCUUCUCUCUGUAUUUGGAAACCUGCUCAUUAUAAUCCUUAUCCAAACUGAUUCUCGACUUCACACUCCCAUGUACUUUUUCCUCAAAAACUUGUCCUUUGCUGACCUUUGUUUCUCUACAAGCAUCGUUCCCCAGAUGUUGGCCCACUUCCUGGUAAAAAAGAAAACCAUUUCCUUUGCUGGGUGCUCACUCCAGUUAGUUGUCUUCCUCCUGGUAGGGUGUACGGAGUGUGCACUGCUGGCGGUGAUGUCCUAUGACCGCUAUGUGGCUGUCUGCAAGCCCCUGCACUAUUCUACUAUCAUGACCCAGAGGGUUUGUGUCCAGUUGGCCAUAGUGUCCUGGAUCAGUGGGGCAUUUGUCUGUUCAGUGGACAGUGCAUUUACACUGUGUCUGCCCUACCAGGGACAGAAUGUAAUUAAUCAUUAUUUUUGUGAACCUCCUGCCCUCCUGAAGCUGGCUUCGGCUGACACCUACGAUGCUGAGGUGGCCCUCUUUGCCAUGGGUGUAAUUAUUCUCUUGGCACCUGUCUCCCUCAUCCUGGUCUCCUACUGGAAUAUUAUCUCCACUGUGAUUUGGACGCAGUCAGGGGAGGGGAGACUCAAGGUCUUCUCUACUUGUGGCUCCCAUCUCACUGUUGUGGUUCUCUACUAUGGCUCUGGAAUAUUUGCCUACAUGAGACCCAAUUCCAAGACAAUGAGUGAAAAGGAUAAGGUCAUCUCUGUGUUCUAUUCUGUUAUGACUUCCAUGUUGAACCCCAUGAUUUACAGCCUGAGGAACAAGGAUGUGAAAGGGGCUCUGAGGAAGCUGGCGGGCCGAUAGUCCAUGUUCAGAGGCAGUGAUUUCUGACAUUUUCAAAAAAGUACUUAGGGCGUUGUGAUUGACAACAAUAGAUCUACUAGCCCCAGGUGACCUU